GCCAAGGGCCGGUUGUUUUUAGACUUAUCUUUUGCGUUUAUACUCUACGCACGGUAUCGUUCUUUCGAAAUUUAGCUUUUCUAAUUGCUCAGAGUCUUGCAAUAAUAAUUACUGUAUUUACUUGAAUAAAAGGAAAUUGUUUUUUUAUUUGAUUGAUUGAAAAUUUGAUAACUUUCGUGGCCUUGAAAAAUAUACAAGCGUCUUCUACGUUUCCCGGAACAUGGACUCCCAACAGAAAAUGGUUUCAUCUAAUCAACCGAGGAAAACAAAAAUAUUUGUGGGUCGGUUACCAGAGAAUUGUCGCAACGAUGAGUUGCGACAAUUAUUUUUACGUUUUGGCGAGGUAACGGAAUGCGAUGUCAUGAAUCGGUAUGGGUUUGUCCACAUGGCACGAGAGGAAGACGCAGCUGCAGCGAUCAAAGCUCUUCACAAUUCCAACUUCAAAGGGGCGACGAUCAAUGUGGAACAGUCGACCGGCAAGUCACGCAGUGGAGGAGGAGGACGCAGGGAUGGAGAUAGAAGAACUGGACCAAUGAGAGGUGGUAGAGGAGGACGAGACGGUGGUAGAGACGCUCGUCCGGGACCAUACAAUGAUAGAAGAGGUGGCGUCGCAACGGGGUACACCGAUUACAAUCGUGGCGCUGGAGACUUUAGUGGACGUGGAGCAGACUUUGGUACUGGAUACACCGAUCGUGGAGCAUAUGGGCAAAACGUGGGAAGCGCGGCAAUGGGUUACACAUCUACAGCACCUGGAAUGGGAGGAGGAUAUGGACCAGCGACUGGAGCCGUCGGAGGAUAUGGACCAACAGCCACAGCCGAUUACGGUCGAACAGCAGACUAUAGCCGUGCCGCAGACUUUGGAGCAAGAACCGAUUAUGGGAAUCCUUGUGUAGUCGGAGGUGGAAUGACUGGAGAUUUUAAUCGCGGUGCACCUGGUCCUAUGGAUUACGGACGUACUGAUAAUUUCGGUGCAAACCGUACGGUUGAUUAUACAGCUAGAAAUGAUUAUGAUCGAACUGCAACUGGACCUAUGAGAAACGGUGGUGGCGCUGUAGCCACUACUGGAUAUGGAACAGGGUACACAGAUGUAGGAUAUGAUGAAAGCCACUGGCCAAUGAGUACUGGACCUAGCUACAGCACUGGGGCACCUAGUUACAGCACUGGUCCUGGACCACAAGCAGAUAUGUUUAGUAGAAGACCUGGCAGUGCCGUCCCCAGUGGUGGAUAUCCGCCUGUUGGUGGAGGUUAUACCGAGGGAUACGACAGACCAGAUGCAUAUGGUCCUCCGCGCGGUGGUGGACGCUUCCCAGGUCCGGCAGACGCGAUGCCACCGAGGUACUAAAAGCGUACUAAAGCAAAUACUAAAGCGUAUGCGAAAGGCUCCCUUAAAAAAAAUGCCUGUUUAGUGGUGGUCGUUCGCUUAAGGAAUCGAAUACCUAGGAACUGCCCUGCGUCCGACAUACAGAGUCCAUACCAUUACAUACGAUACUAUGUAUAAUGAUAGAUACACGAUAGAAUCUAAUGUUUAAAUGCUAACUUAAGGUACGGUAAGAAUGAGAAGUAUCAAUGAGUAUCAUAAUCAAUAAUUGAAACGCAAGCUAAGAUCCUUCGAAGAGCAAGAAGAUGAUCGAAAAUCGAAAUUGAGAUAAAGAAUUUGUAACAUGGUAUCAUACAAGGAGUUUUCUGUGUCGUUCAUUUUCUUUUUCCAGCAAGGAUAGUGGGUAUUCCUUUUGUGCGAUUUGUGUUCGUAAUUCUUUCUCUGAUAUUUCCUAUGUUUUUUCUCUCUCUCUCUCUUUUUUUCUUUUUCGUAGUGGUACACAACCCAGCUUGAUACGGUGUGGGUUGAAUUAUUAUCAAUUUUUAUCUAUCUUAAGUCACAUGAUAAUUACACACAUUCUAGUAUAGAUGAUUUUUUCGUUAUAAGUUUAUAAUAUUUAGAUCAACAACAAUGGUGACUUAGGCUACUAAGCAAAGAAAAUAAAACAUGCUGUAUAAUCUUUUUUUACACGUAAGAACUUGGAUAAUGUUUUAAAUGUUCAUUAAUAAAGCAACAAAACGUGUUUGCUGAAGUUAUCAAUGUACCUUGACGGAAUGAGAAAUAAAACUGAAACGAAUACAUCAU